UUAUUAUCUUUUACGUUCAACCUAAGCCAAGCCACACGUUAUAUCGGACCUAGAGCCACCGAUCCCGCCCUCUUCUGGCCUAAGUUAAGUGGUCACUUCGGUACAAAUCCGAACCUUGACACUCCUAAUUCCCCUCUUCUUCUUCGUCAUACCUGUCAAAAUUCGUCCGUACAACCCCGUUUCCGGUUUUCCAUGAGGUGGCAGGUAAAAAAUGAGGAUAGGGUGUCUGCAAUUCGCCCCGAAGCUCGGGGAUGUCAAUAAUAAUCUUAAUCGCGCCGAUGCAGUCUUGAGCAAAGCGAAUCCCGAGAACCUCGAUCUGCUGUGUCUACCCGAGCUAUCUUUUACAGGAUAUAACUUCAAAUCGCUCCAAGACAUCAGCCCCUUCCUCGAGCCUCAAGGUUCCGGAGUUACUGCGCUCUGGGCGAGAACCGUCGCACUCAAAUACAACUGCGUUACCAUAGUCGGAUACCCAGAGAUUUGUGACGUAAAAGCGAAAUGGCCCACCGGACCCGAGUACUACAACUCGGCCAUCAUCGUGAGCGGCGAAGGGGAAACUAUCGGUAACUAUAGGAAGAAUUUCCUGUACUAUACAGACGAAACAUGGGCUCUAGAAGGAGGCGAGGGAUUUUGGCAAGGGUCUAUCCCGGGUCUUGGAAAUACUUCACUCGGCAUAUGCAUGGAUAUUAAUCCAUACAAGUUCGAGGCUCCCUUCCACGCUUUUGAAUUCGCAUUUCAUGUUCUGGAGAUGGGUUCAAACCUCGUCGUUCUUUCGAUGGCCUGGCUCACAAGAGAGGAUGGUCGAAUGUUCUCCCGCAUGCCUAAUGAACCGGACUUGGAUACAUUGACGUAUUGGGUAACGAGACUAGAGCCACUUAUUCGAGCCGAAAGCGAGGAGGAGAUUAUCAUCGUUUUUGCGAACCGCUGCGGUAUUGAAGAUGACGCUGUCUACGCCGGAACGAGCACUGUGAUUGGUAUAAAAGAUGGCGAGGUGAAUGUUUACGGUAUCCUUGGCAGGGGAGAGAAGGAGCUUCUGAUUGUCGAUACGGACGCUGCCCCAUAUGCUAAACUGGUGUAUCGGCCUGAUGAUAAUGCAUCAGGGGGUGCCUCGGCCGAUGAUGACAGAACAAAAGACGGUUCGAACAACACAUCCGCUAGGCCUGACAAGGAGGACCCGUCGAAGAGGUCAGAACAACCCAAACUACAGGGAGGAAGUGACUCUACAGGUGCUUCAACAACCCAGACACCGAAGCACACCGAUUCAUACAAUAUGUCCAGGAAGGCUACUCAGCCUAUUUCACCAUUAAGUGAGUCUACACUCGCUAACUAUGAAUCGAUAUCCCCCAGUAGCGCUACCAAAGACUACGACUAUGUACCAUUAGGACGUGGUUCUAGAGCGGGAAGUGAUAGGAGCACAAAAUCCAUGCAGGGUUCAAUCGUUUCGGGUCAUUCGGGCACUUCAAGGAAGUCGAAGGGGUCAAGCCGCACCCGUGCUUCGAAAGAGUCUCUUGAUUCGAAGAGCUUAACCUCCCGUCGAUCAUCAUCGAAGAAAGCCAAGACGUCAUCUCCACGGAUACAAAUCCCACCCCUUAAAUCGGUGAACGAUUCGAUUCCGACUCCGACGGCACCAAGCCCAACUCCAUUAGCUGUCCGACCCAAACUAACCAUACCAAAGGAUGCCCAUAAGCGUCCACACAUCCCCACGCCCCAUCCAAAUCCAGGACAGAAAGGCCAAGUCUCGAUGGAACAGCAGAAUACAAUUUUAACUCCAACGACAGCUUUUGAUGACUUGAGUCCACAAUUCCCAACCAGGUCCUUUUGGGCUUCUUCAGACUCGCACCUACGAAACUCCAAGGAAUUACGCAAUCAAUCGCCUAUAUUAGAACAUUCAUCGAAGUCCCCAAAGUCUAUUGUUGAAGACGUGUCCAUAUCGGUGGGGUUAGGUAUAGAGGGUAAAAAAUCGAAGCCUACAAGCAAAGAUGUCAUAAAUCCCUCGCCAGUGAAGCCGCGUGUCUCUAGUCAAUCGAGAAGACGUGGACGCGCAGACUCAGUGUUUGACCAGAGACCUAGUUCGACUGGAAUCGCUCAACGCCUCGACACCAUGAGCCCAAGGCCAGACUCCUCGGUUGGGAAGAAAGUUGAUACAUCCUCGCCUUACCCAUACCGUCCUUCUUCGCUGAAAUCACGGAACACAAGUCGGAACCGCCCUGCUAACCCUGUUCUUGAAGAUGACCCUCUUGAGCAACAAUAUUUCGAUUUCGCAGGAGCUUCUAUCCCAAUCAGUGCGAGCCCCAGUAUACAUGACAGCUCCGCGGUUAGGGGCUCCUCAGCCGUGUUCCGUCCAGAGAACCGCAUGAGCAAUGUCGAAUCGACAUAUCGCCAAACAUCCCAUACAUCGCGUACGUCUCGGUCGCGAAGUAAUAGUUAUAAAGCCCCAAACCCAUCAGUCCAAGGGGUUGUAGGGAAUUCUUGGCAACCCCGGGCCAUUAGCCGCGGACGGCAGCGAGCACCAAAGGAGCUCACUGGGGCGACAAACAAUACGGAUAUCAGCGGAAGAAGCGGCUCACCAAAGUGGUCUGUUCAAGGGGAUGUCGAUAGCGAGGACGAUGACGAGAUUGUGGAAGAGAUCAUCGUACGACGCUCACCGAGCUGCGCAAUUCAUGGUGACAGACAUCAUCAAGUUGGAACUCCAGGACAAGAAUCCAACGUAUACACGAAAAUUGCCAACGUGGAGAGGCGUGAUUCGUCACGGGUAAUUCCUGAGCCGGAAAGACUAUCGAACAUUCAGAGUGCGACGGGAACCUCAAAUAAGUCUCCCGAAAGCGAGCUCGAGGCACAACCAAAUUUCUACGCCUCUUCUACCGAGGAUCUCACCGAUGCAGAACGCUUACUGGCAACACACUGGUUCUUGUUUGAUCCAAAGACACCAAAGGCUAUGGUUUUUGAGACGGAGGGGAAUAACGUCGCACCUAACGCGCCUCGGUCCGCCCCUUUCGUCCAACCUCUGAAGAUCGCGAAGCAUAUCGGGCAAGAGGCACUGAGCAAUGUUAGGCCAAAGAGUGCCGUCUGGUAGCGUUGGAACUUUUAACGUGUAAUCAGGUUAUAGGAAUGAUUCGAUGCGCUGGGAAAAUGUGUCACUGCACUAAGCGAGGAGUUGGUUUGGUUAUUAGACCCGGACAUUCAUUCCAUCUGAGCUCUGAGUUUUACCUACCUAAGUUGUACUAGAAUUAUAAAAAAGUUCACACGUAAAAAUUAUAGGUGGUUGUCAUCGACAGCUUGAUUGCUGGGCUUUGAUCAUGUGAUUAAGUGAGAUGUUGGUGAGGUCUUUAGGGUUCAGGGGCAACCCUAGCAAAAUAAAUUAACUUG